CAAAUUUUACCCUUUUCAUCAUCAUCAUCAUAUUGUAUGUAAUAAAUAAGUAACUGCAAAAGCAAUAAGCACCAAUACCUGAAUCAAUCGUGAAAGAUAAUUAUAAUGGCUGACGAAUUCAGGCUCGCGUCGUCCAACAUAAACCACGAGGGAAGGCUGCCGAGGCAGUACAUGGGAGAGGGGCAAGGCGCGAAGAAGAACAUCUCCCCGCCGCUGGAAUGGUACAACGUGCCCAAGGGGACAAAGAGCUUAGCCCUCAUUGUACAAGACAUCGAUGCGCCGGAGCCGUCGGGGCCGAUCGUGCCGUUCAUCAUUUGGGUGGUUGUGAAUAUUCCACCGACGCUGAAGGGGCUGCCGGAGGGGUUUUCGGGAAAAGAAGAGCAGAUGGGGGGUGAGUAUGCGGGGAUCAAGGAAGGGAUAAAUGAUUUGAAGAAGCAUGGGUGGGAGGCACCCAAGCUGCCUAGUCAUGGACAUCGGAUUGAGUUCAAGCUCUACGCUUUGGACGAUGAGUUGCAUCUUGGAAAUAAGGUGACUAAGGAUAAAGUGUUGGAUGCAAUUGAAGGGCACGUGCUUGGGGAAGCAGUUUUAAUGGCCACCUUCUGAAUAUGCAGCAUUUUGUCUUGUGAUUCUCAAAAUCUUUAAUAAAUUGUUCAAUCUUAGUUUUAUCAGCUUUGGGUGUAAUAAUAAUAAGAAUAAAUUAAGAGAGAAGUUGUGUACUGGUAUUAGUAUUCCACUGUUGAUUAAUUUUUACUCAUCGUA